UUCCUUUAUAACGGUCUUUAAACUGUCGCGCGUUAGCAAUUGAAUGUAUUUCAAGGUUGAUUGAAUGUCAACGAGCUUGAUAGCGCAAAGCGAUAUAAACAACGGCCAUUUGCGGAGCGGCCAGUAUACUCGAGUGUGCUGUAAUAAACGUUUCGCUAUCACAACGACAUUGGUGGAGAUGGCUACUCGAUGGGGCAUCGUCAGCGCUGGCAAGAUCUCGCAUGAUUUCGUUACGGCGAUGAGCAGUUUACCGAGUGACGAACACGUCGUAGUGGCUGUUGCGGCGCGAGAUUUGUCUCGCGCGGAAGCUUUCGCGAAGGAACACAAUAUCCAGAAGGCCUACAGUGAUUAUGAACAGUUGGCCAAGGAUAAAGACAUUGAGAUUGUAUACAUUGGCACGAUACAUAUUCAGCACUAUGAUCUAGCUAUGAUGAUGAUGAGCGAAGGUAAACACGUGUUAUGUGAGAAACCGUUGACGAUGAGCUUGGCGGACACAACGAAAUUAAUCUCGUACGCGAAAAGCAAAAAUUUGUUCUUGAUGGAAGGAGUAUGGAGCCGUUGUUUUCCUAUCUACGAUAUCAUAAAGAAGAAACUCGCGGAAGACCAUAUCGGCGAUAUUCGUCAUGUGAUCGCCAGCUUCGGUUUUGACCUUAGUGACGUCGAUCGGUUAAACAAAAAAAAGUUGGGCGGCGGCACAGUCCUGGAUCUCGGAGUUUAUUGCCUUCAGUUCGCAUCCUUGGUCUUUAAUAACGAGAUGCCGGAAUCUAUAAAAGUCUCUGGCAUCUUGAACGAGGAUGGCGUCGAUGUAUACGUGACGGCCAGUCUGUAUUACAAGGAACAGCGCACCGCGACCAUUAUGACAAGUGGACUAGCGAACCUACCGAACAAUGGCUACAUAUGUGGCACUAAGAAUAUGAUAGAAGUGCCGUCCCUUUGGUGCCCAACGAAGAUAACUAUAGGGGGAAUCACCAUAGAAAAACCUCUGCCGCAAAUUCCAAAUAAAGAUGCUAAAUUCAACUUUGUAAACUCUGCUGGACUUGCUUAUGAGGCUUCAGAAGCUCGUGCUUGCAUUCAGAAGGGUUUGAUAGAAAGUCCGAAAAUGACACACGAUACAUCUUUAUUAUUGGCGAAAUUGGAAGAAGAGAUUAUUAAAGCAAUAGGUGUUAAAUAUUGAUUAUUAAGAGAAAACUUUCCAUCAGAAAACUUUGUAUUACUAUUAAGGAUAUUUUUUGAAUUUAUAAUAUUGUUUCUUAUGAAGAUCAGUAUGCAUAGGAAAUAAAAAUGUUUUGUGUAA